AUGAUCCUGGCUGUCAUCUUGCUUUGGCAGAUACAAACAUCCCCUACUUCGCUUGGGACCUCACCGAUGUUUCUCAAAGACAUAAUCCGAUAUAAGCAGAUAAAAUUCAUAUCUGCCGAGAAGAGUCCUCUGUUUGGGACCCCUGGUCCAGAAACCGAUGCCGCUUGGGAUAGACUUAUUGACGACGCAAGCCUCCGCCUAAGUCAACCAGAACUAGCAAGAUUCAAUUCCUCGUCGAUCGACCUGCAAGACAGUCCAGGGAAGUUGGCUUGGCUAGAGGUCUCGCAUCAGAUACAUUGCGUUGAUUACAUACGGAAAGCAAUCAAUCGCAACCACUACUAUGCGGAGCUAUCCGAUUCAGAUUGGCGGAAAUAUAUCAACCCUCAUGUCGACCACUGCCUUAAUGACAUGGUGCAGAAUAUCAUGUGUCGCGGUGACACUACUCCGAAGUUUUUUGAAUGGGAGACCGAGCGUAUUAAACCUGUGAUUACUUCCAAUUACCAUCUGGCACGAACAUGUGUAGACAUGGACUAUCUCAAAGAAUCAAUUAGACAGCGGGUGGUCUCGCACGAAGAGAUGAGACGGCUGAAAAAUCCUCUGCUAGAUCAAUAG